AUGACCACCGAGUUCACCAAGCCAACCCUGGAGCAGCUCGAGGUGAGCAAGGAUGGGAUGGACGGUGGCGAUAAGGGUCUUCGGGAAACUAGCGAUGCCAUUCAGCUCGCCGAGGCGGUUCAAUCGAUGAAAUGCAGUCCAUGGACCGCCAGCAUGUUUCGGCUGUACGGUUGUCUGAUAAUCGCAUAUCUGUGUGGAUGCUUGAACGGUUACGACGGCUCCUUGAUGGGAGGACUGAAUGACAUGACGACUUACCAGCAAUAUUUCCAUAUGAAAACGGCCUCUUCGUCGACCGGCCUGGUAUUUGCCAUCUAUAAUAUUGGCUCUAUUCCCGCCGUAAUUCUCUCCUGUCCCGUCAAUGAUAUUUUCGGGCGCCGCAAGGGCAUGUUUACCGGAGCCGCCAUUAUCAUUAUCAGCACUUGCAUUCAAGCACCCGCCACUUCCCAUGAAAUGUUCCUCGCGGGUCGAUUCAUCCUCGGUUUCGGAGUCAGCUUUUGCUAUGUGAGUGCGCAAUGCUAUGUCUCAGAAAUGGCGCAUCGCGUGUGGCGUGGAACGUUGACUGGGUUACACAACUGCACCUGGUACAUUGGCUCCAUCGUCGCCAGUUGGAUCUAUGGCUGCAAAGACAUCAGGCACUCGUACGGCUUCCGGAUCCCUAUCUGGUGCCAGCUGUGUUCGUCCGUGGUGGUCACAAUUGGCACUUGGUUCAUGCCUGAGUCACCUCGGUGGCUCAUGGCGCAGGACCGCUCGGAGGAAGCCAUUCAAGUUCUCGCACGCUAUCACAGAGAAGGGGAUGCAUCGCACCCAAUGGUGACCCUCCAGAUUAAAGAGAUGCAGCAUCAGAUCAUCGUCGAUGUUGCGGACUGGAGCAAAAAAUGGUGGGAUUACCGCGAGUUGUUCAACUCGCACUCUGCUCGUCGCCGGUUCAUUUGUGUGGCUGGAAUGGCGUGCUUUGGUCAACUCUCUGGAAACAGUCUUACUAGCUACUAUCUCCCGGUGAUUGUUCAGAAUGCGAGCAUUGGAUCGGUCAAGACCCAACUCAUGCUCAAUGGCAUCUACCCCGUUCUCUGUUUGAUCACAUCCGUCUCCGGCGCUGGUCUCACUGACCGUCUUGGCCGUCGCCCUCUGAUGAUCUACUCGCUUCUCUUUUGCUCUGUCGCGAUUGCCAUCAUCCUGGGAACAUCCAAACUAUCAGGGGAUAAUCCGACCAACUCUAACGCGGCGAAUACCUCGGUCGCAUUUAUUUACCUGUUUGGCAUUUUCUUUUCAUUUUGGUGGACGCCCCUGCAAAGCAUGUAUAUUGCUGAGACGCUGAUGACCAACACACGCGCCAAGGGUACUGCAUUGGGCAACUUGCUAUCCAACAUCAGCAGUGCGAUUAUCCAGUACAGCUCUGGGCCUGCUUUUGAGAAGCUGAGUUAUUACUUCUAUGCCGUGUUCAUUGCCUGGGAUCUGAUUGAGAUGGUUGUGAUUUACUUUUGGUUCCCAGAGACCAAAGAACGGACCCUCGAGGAGCUGGAAGAGGUCUUCUCGACUCCAAAUCCGGUUAAGAAGAGUUUGGAGCGCCGGCACAUUGCCACCGCGCUGAGAACAUUGGAGGUGACGGAGGUCGAAACUACUACUCGUGCUGAUGUUUAA